CCUCGGCCAUGGAAACCAAACAUGGCAAUAUUCUUAAUUAUGAGACCUCCGUUGAAUGCCUAUUGUAGAAGGUCACGUUAUUUAACUUUAGUAGAAAGCCUCAAGGCAGGGUGGAGACGAAGACUGCUUAUAAGUACUAGAAUGCUGCGCUGCCCGAAGCCGGGAAUCUGUUCUAUUAUGACAUCUCAAUUUGACAAGCCAAUCCGUGCCAGAUCUCUUCGGUCUCAAACAGACCAACCGUUAAUUAGAGAUGCGUUCCUUUGGCUUCCUCACGGUUUUGGCAGCUAUUGCGGCUGCCUACGAUGUCUGGGUCAAUGAGGUGGACACUGGACUUGAGAAAUUCCUGUACAGCACCAACUGGACCGAGGGUACACAGCCAGCGCUGAAGGACAUGCGAGCAAUUUCAGACUUCGACUUUGCCGCUCGUCAAAAACUUGAAGACAUGCAAUACAGCUUUUAUAGAACGGCUGCUGGUGGAGAGUGGAGCUACCGAAACAACCUUGAGGUCUGGUCUAAGGUUCGGUUCCGACCUCAGCAGCUCAGUGAUGUAACGAAAGUCAACGAAACUUCAAAGACAACCAUCCUAGGUUACGAGUUCUCAGCGCCUAUAUUCAUUGCCCCCGCUGCUCGAGGUGUCUAUGGGCAUGAGCGUGCUGAAUUGAACUUUAUCGACGCGGCAGCUAGCGAGAACAUCCUCUACAUCCCGUCUAUUUAUGCUUCGAAGAGCAUCGAGGAAAUUGCUGCUGGAAAGAAGCAGAACAACAACACUUUGAACGGUCCUCAAGUCACUUUCCAGCAGCUAUAUACCAACGUCAACUUGUCCGUGACAUGGGACCAGAUCAAGCGAGCUGAACAGGCCAACGCAAAGGCUUUAGUAUGGACCGUUGAUGCCCUGGCGGACUCUACUCGCCACCGAGCUGCCCGUUACGACACCACGAAUGCUAACUCCGUCACCUCCAAAAUAGACUGGGAAAUUUAUGAUCAAAUCAGGGACCACACCAAGCUUCCCGUCAUCAUAAAGGGUAUCUCAUCUGUAGAGAAUGCUAUGACGGCAGUUGAGAAGGGUGCCAAGGCCAUCUAUAUCUCAAACCACGGUGGGCGUCAGGUCGAAUACUCCCCAUCCCCGCUUGAGAUUGCCUACGAAAUCCACCGCAAUGCACCGGAGAUUUUCCAGAAGGUCGAGGUGCUCGCUGAUAGCGGUGUACGAUAUGGUACCGAUGUCCUGAAGCUACUGGCUCUCGGUGUCAAGGCUGUCGGUAUGGGGCGGCCUUUCAUGUACGCUAACACCUAUGGUGUCGAAGGCGUUGAGAAGGCAAUUCAGCUUAUGAAGACGGAGAUCGAGCAUGAUGCUGCCCAAAUUGGCAUCAGCGAUAUUCACAAUAUUCCUUCAAACAUCCUGAACUUGCGCCAGCUCGAAAAUGAAGUUUACCUUAUUAAUUCGUAAGCGAUCUUUGUAAGAUAGAAUCCGUAUAGAGAAAAAUAAAAUUGUCAAGGAUGGUAACGUGUUAUAUUGUCAGAACAGAGAAAGAUCUGUUGCAGCUAUAUAGUACUUAACAACACGUAAUAUAAAUAAAGGGAACGAUGAUAAGUUAGGCAGCUA